UGCGGCGUACCCGUUUCUCGAUUUAUUUAUUCGCGAUUCCUCUAUUUACACAGCUACAUUGCAUUACAUUACGCCUGCAUUGCCCUAUCUCGUAUAGGCAGAGAAAGACGGACGGACGGACAGACAGAAAGGAAACCCACCCGGCACUUCUCUGAUGGAUUCCCUCCCGGUCGAGCUUCUGAGACUCGUCUUUUCGCACUGCGACCCGCAGUCCGUUCGGAGUCUGCGCACCCUCACCCGGAUCCUGGCCGACGUGGGCUACGACUAUCUCUUGUCUCCUCAGUUCACGGCCGUCAGCUGGAGAAACGACAUCGACCGGCUGCAUUCCAUCGCCCUCCACGACCGCCUGAGGGGCAGCAUCACGUCCAUCUGCAUAUUUCUCGGAGAGCUGUCUUAUUACGAUGCACGGAGCACCUCGUGGUUCCAGCAUUUCGUCACGCCUCCGGAACAGCUCAGUGAGAUUAUGGGCACCGCCAUGCACGAGUUCGACAGGAUCGAACGCGGCCGCAAGGCCGUCGGCCCCUUACACCUGAGGGCGGACGAUCUGCGCGAGGCCUGCUCCGCGCUGCCGAAUCUCAAGGACCUCGAGGUCACAUUCACCCAGUUCCCGCUCAAGAACGAAUUCUUGCGCGAGGUAUUCGACUACCCGAGCUGCAGGAAGCUCGAUCGGCCCCAGACGUACAACAAUCUCGAUGCCAUCAUCCAAGCGCUCCACGGCGUCCCCUUGUCCACCUUCAAGGUCGAUCGGCUCCCCCUCGAGGUGUUCCGUCUCCCCAGUCACCGCUCGCAAUGGUUCACCCAUGCGCAGUCGUUCAACAGCCUCUCCGUCCUCGACUUAACCCUCGACCCGUCGGGGCUGCAGGGUCCCGGGUCGUCUUUCCGCGCCAUGAUAGGGCUCGGCCGCAUCCUGCAGCUGGCCACGGGACUGAGCUACCUCAAGCUCGCCUUCCAUCCCUACUCUAACCAGAGUUCUAAAUUCGCCGUCUCCUUCCGCGAGCUGUUCUGGAACUUCGCCUAUCCCCACCUCACCGACUUGGUCCUCGAGGGGAUCUCGUGCGAGGAGGAAGACCUCAAGGAAUUCCUCGCCCGGCACGGCGCGACGCUAGAGCGGUUGAGGCUUGGCGGACGCGGGUUAGCGAAGCCGUUCGAGGUGUCGCUCGGCGGCAUCUGCCUGUUUGAAGGGACGUUCCGGUCGCUAUUCACCGGCCUCCGGACGAAGCUACCGAAGCUGGAGAAGAUGCAUCUCGAGGGCAUCUUCGAGUGCGAGCACCACGACCUGCCGUCGCACGAGGCGUACAACUUCUACCCCCUGACGAACGAGCGCUGGGAGCCGGUACCGCGGCCGAAGUGGGUGCGCAGCUCGCGUAAGACCAUCAGCUGUCUCCCCUUCGAGCGCUACGUCCUCUGCGGAGGGCCCUACCCUGGCAAUGCGCUGUCCCAACAGCACUAUUGAGCGACGGCUGAGCGAGGGGGAGAGUCGACCAGUCACGACUUAUCCGCCGUCGCGAGAGACGAGAGAACGAAACGAAUCGAAGACGAACGUCGCUCCUACCUUUCCUGUUGUACCAACAUGAGUCAUCUUGCAUUAUUCCCACCAGGCGGGACGGUGGGCCAGUCGGGGGCCCGCAAGACGGGCGGCGUCGGUGUCGACGGAGCGCAUGAAGAGGCUUUUUUUUUAUUGAUCAUCUUGGCUUUGACGGCGGUGCUACAUCCA